ACUUUCAGUUGCGCGCACAGUGGUCAGAACUGAUCUGAGGCUAGUUGUUCGGUGAAGUAGGCGACUUGAUUUCUGCUAUGACUAACUUUGAUCACAAGCAAUAAAUAGCCUACUGCUCGUGGUCGCUGACAGUCUAUGGAAUAUGUGCGUAUACAAUGCGGUAUGAGUGAAGCGAAGUAGGCUACUAGACUACAAGAACAAGCAUUCAUGGCUGCCGAUGAGUCAACAGUGAUUGUAACUUUUACUGAAGUCCAAAGUCGCAUCUAGGCUACAAAUGGGUUCCAUGUUUGAUCUGAGCGUUGCUGUAAGACUCUAUUUGCUGUCUUGUUUCGUUGUAUCUGUGGACUUCACUUUAGGCUUGGGACAAAGCCAAGAUACUGAAUUCACGUUUCAACUCCCUGCCGGUAGAACAGAAUGUUUCUACCAAACAGCUACGAAGAAUGGAAGCCUGGAAGUAGAAUACCAGGUGAUUGCAGGUGCAGGCCUGGAUGUGGGCUUCACCCUGAUCUCCCCCAGCGGGUACAAGCUGGCCUCUGAGUUCAGGACAUCUGACGGCAUCCACACGGUGGAGCCUACAGAGGAUGGAGACUACCGGCUGUGUUUUGACAACAGCUUCAGUAAGCUUUCUGAGAAGAUGGUGUUCUUCGAGGUGAUUGUGGAGGGCCAGCCUGGGGACACCUGGGGCGAUGAAGAGUGGGCUGACAUGGCCGAGCCAGAGAGUAUGGUGGAGUACAAACUGGAAGACAUCAGGGAGACCAUGGACUCAGUGCACAGGCACCUGGAGCGGAGCCGGCAGCUUCAGACCAUGCUGAGGGCCUUCGAGGCCCGGGACCGCUAUCUAUUGGAGGACAAUCUGUGGAGGGUCUCGUUCUGGUCCUCCAUGAGCCUCCUGGUCAUCCUGACUGUGGCCGUCACACAGGUCUACACCCUCCGACGCCUCUUCGACGACAAGAGGGUCUGCAAACCCUAGUGUCCAGUAGUGUCUUCCACCGCCCCCACACCUUCCCAGUGGUAUCUUCCAUCACCCCCACAGCCUUCCCAGUGGUAUCUUCCACCACACCCACACCCUUCCCAGUGGUAUCUUCCUCCACCCCCACACUCUUCCCAGUGGUAUCUUCCACCACCCCCACGCUCUUCCCAGUGUUAUCUUCCACCACCCCACACCCUUCCCAGUGAUAUGUUCCACCACCCCCACAUCAUGCCCAGUGAUAUCUUCCAGCAGACCCACACCCGGCCCAAUGGUAUCUUCCACCACCCCCACACCCUUCCCAGUGGUAUCUUCCACAAAGAUGCCAUAGAAGGGUGUUGGGACUAACAGGACCCUACUGUAAAGUAAUGGUUUCAGAGAUUGAAGAAGAGAGACUAUUGACAACAGUGAUGUUUGGUAAAUGAGGGACUGUUAGUAAGGAUUUAGUGAUUUUUGUGUGUGAUGAGCUUGAUUCAGCUUUUGAGUGGCAGAAAAGUGCAUGUUUGUAUGUGAGUCAUAAACACUGUGCAAUGAUGUCUUGACAAUUUAGUGUCAAUCUAUCAAACAAGAAACCAAAGCAAUAACAGAUCAUGUGGUAGUAUGUUUUUAACAUGGGAUCUUAAGAGUGACAUUACAAAUAUAAUUUAUUUAAUGACAUGGUUAUAACACAACUACAGACAAAUAAACACAAAAAAAACCAUUCAACUCUAAAAUAAAUUAAUUCUGGAGAAAGAGUAGCCUUGCAAAGCCACUGAUCCCGCAAGCUUACAUUAAAAGCUGCAGUGGUUAUCAGUCUGUUAAUUAUGAGGCAAGAGAAAGAAGUCUUACAUGCAACAAUGGCUGUCCUCAUGGGAUGGUUUUAUUGAUUUACAGAUAUUACAUUUUUAUUGAAAUGUAUAGUGUUUGACAGAGAUCUGGUGAGAUGAAGCCAAAGAGUUGAGACAUUCAAAAAAGUAUCCCUGCCAGGAGAAUGUUGCAAAGUCAACCACAAUCAUAGUUGAUAUAUACACCUCCAACACCACAAAACAAGAUCCAAUCAUUCAUUUGAAAAAAUUAUUGUAUUUAUAAAACCAUAAAAUCUCAAUGAUCCAUUCCUUUCAAUUAUAGGUACAAUAGUGCAAAUUUGAGUGUCAAAAGUGUGCAGCGAAAGAAAAUAAGGCAAUCUUAUUGGCUACCAUAAAACAGCACUGGAUUAAAGGCAUAUCGCAAAGUUCUGCAGUUGACAUCAGUUGGAUCUAUUAUUGACAUUGUACUACAUUAUAAUCACAUUACCGGUAUAUGCCCUUCUUCAUACAACUACCCUUACUACAGUAUAAAUAAACUGUAUAAUGAUAACAUACAGCAUAUGCCAUAUAGAAGAGGUCUUUAUUCAAAGUGAUUUACAGUCAUCCGUGCAUACAUUUCACGUAUGAGUGGCCCCAGCAGGAUUCAAACCUACGACCCUUGGUGUUGCAAGCACAAUGCUCUACCGUCUGACCCUUGCGCAAGGCAUCCACUGGAACAUACAUGGUUUGAAGUUCUCUUCUGAACAUGACAUGACCCUCGCUGUUAAAAGCUUUGUAUGCUUCUGUGCUCACUCAGCAGUGGAGGACCCAGCACUACCUGAUUCAUUGAAGUGUUCCUAACAUCCUUCACCUCAUCCCUUCAAAUAGUCACCUUACCAUUUGGUUUUUGGGACCCUCCCAAUACACUACCAUAUAAUAUUAAGGGCUGUCAUCAUCCCAUGUGGUGUUCCCCAACUGACACGUCAAAUGAUUAACUGUAGCAAUGCUGAUCUCAAAUAAUCUACAGUUCCACCUACACACAAUGUAUUUACAAUCAUGUAAAUAAACCAAACUUCUACACUUCAUUUUUAUAGGAGUUCUACAAACGUGUUCAAUAGUCAUUCAGACACUAAUCUAUUGAGAAAUGCCCAUAUUUCAAAACUGCACUGUACAUAAAACCAAGAGGAGAGGUUAUGCCCCAGGAGAUAGCUAACACAAACAAUCACUGGAUUUCAUUACGAAUUUGGCACAUGAGCAGUCAAACAAUUUGAUCAGUACAAAAAUAAUUUCAUUUUCUCAAUGUUUGUUUAGUAUGGAAAUAGUGAACAGAAGUUGAACCCGUACUGAAAGUGGUGUCAGAAUUCAGCCAGGCUACAGCUCGCUAAAACCACUGGAGGGGAUGGAGAUUUCAGAAUACAUCCCCCACACUUCUAGAACAGUCUGGGUAGGUGCUAGCUAUUAAAGGCCCAAUGCAGCUGUUUUAUCUCAAAAUCAAAUACUUUCUGGGUAACAAUUAAGUACCUUACUGUGAUUAUUUACAUUUUUUAAAACUGAAAACAAAACAAAAGCAGCUUCUUAGCAAAGAGAAAUUUGUCAACCAAGAAUGUUGCUAGGACUGUCUGGGAGUGGUCUGAGCGGGGAGGGGGAAACUGGGAGUGGUCUGAGCGGGGAGGGGGAAACUGGGAGUGGUCUGAGCGGGGAGGGGGAAACUGGGAGUGGUCUGAGCGGGGAGGGGGAAACUGGGAGUGGUCUGAGCAGGGAGGGGGAAACUGGGAGUGGUCUGAGCGGGGAGGGGGAAACUGGGAGUGGUCUGAGCGGGGAGGGGGAAACUGGGAGUGGUCUGAGCGGGGAGGGGGAAACUGGGAGUGGUCUGAGCGGGGAGGGGGAAACUGGGAGUGGUCUGAGCGGGGAGGGGGAAACUGGGAGUGGUCUGAGCAGGGAGGGGGAAACUGGGAGUGGUCUGAGCGGGGAGGGGGAAACUGGGAGUGGUCUGAGCGGGGAGGGGGAAACUGGGAGUGGUCUGAGCGGGGAGGGGGAAACUGGGGGUGGUCUGAGCGGGGAGGGGGAAACUGGGAGUGGUCUGAGCGGGGAGGGGGAAACUGGGAGUGGUCUGAGCGGGGAGGGGGAAACUGGGAGUGGUCUGAGCGGGGAGGGGGAAACUGGGGGUGGUCUGAGCGGGGAGGGGGAAACUGGGAGUGGUCUGAGCGGGGAGGGGGAAACUGGGAGUGGUCUGAGCGGGGAGGGGAAACUGGGAGUGGUCUGAGUGGGGAGGGGAAACUGCUGUUAUUGGCAGAAAGGUUUGGAAGUCUCUUUCUUACUGGUGG